AUGCGGAAACUUGUCCUCGCCCUCUCCGAAACUGCUUGGUUUCGACGAUUUACUGUAACCUCUCGUGUCUGCUACAGACACCCCCCGUCAUAUAAAUUCACGGUUCUAUUUCUACAGCUUUCUUUUUCUAAAGCGUCCCUUUCUCCUCAGAAGCCUUUCUUUCUGAAGCGUAAGUUUGUCUCACCAAGGUCAAUUAACUGUUUUUCAGCAUCAAGAGCGACGGCCCUGGCGGUUGCCGACAACCUAAACGAGAAAACGAAUUCCCUUCCGCAAGCCUCACCGCUUUUGAGAGUUAAGAGGACCGUAGGCUGCAUUGAUCACACUACUGCAAACGGAAACCUCUGCUAUAACGCCCAGUGUCCAUUUUUCUCCAUGGGGGCCUGCAAAGACGGGUUGUGCGCAUGCGCACCCAAAGGAACAAACAUGGCUGCACUUCGGGAGGUUUGCUACAGUAGCUGCUACACAAGCUGCACACACCGCUGUUUUGUCGACGAUGCCAUGAAGGAAAGCGUGAGAUCACCAUGCGACAACGAGUGCACCAAGCUCUGUUAUGAGAAUUAGCCGGCUGUGGAAUUGAAAAUUGUAUUUCCGUUGCCUAAUAAACAUAAAAGUACAAAUGUGACACUCGCAGAGCAGCAGAAAAUAAACCCUCGAUCAAAAACUUGCAUAAAAGCAUUAAUAUCCUAACCUGAUAAGUAACAGUCUAACCCAAAGUAUCGUCGUUAUAUAUACAAGGAAUAUCAAUUAGAAACAAGCAUUUUUGACAAAGGAGUUCGGACGCGUUUAUAGAUGUCGCAAUUAAAGAACACGUGGAAACGCAGCGCGAGGAAAAAUACAAUAUCAGUAUAUACCUCAAUAUCCUAAAUAUUAGUAUCAAUUUCAAACAAAAAAAAAGAUGACUAGUGACAAAA